CCGCGCGUGCGUGUAGAUUCGCUGGCGGCUCGCGCUCCGCCGGGCGGUCUGAGGAGACGCGCUGAGCCCCCGCCGCCGCCGCCGCCGCAGCGGGAGGAAGCCUGAGAGUCGCUCGGCGUGGCCUCAGUCUGCGUAAGCUCCGCGCCCCUUCGACCCCUCCCCAGGCCAUGGCGGAACGCGGAGGGGCGGGCGGUGGUCCCGGAGGCGCCGGAGGCGGCAGCGGCCAGCGGGGCUCUGGGGUCGCCCAGUCCCCACAGCAGCAGGCGCCGCAGCAGCAGCCGCAGCCACAACAGCCGACGCCCCCCAAGCUGGCCCAGGCCACCUCGUCUUCCUCGUCCACCUCGGCUGCGGCCGCCUCCUCCUCGUCCUCCUCCACCUCCACCUCCAUGGCCGUCGCGGUGGCCUCGGGCUCUGCGCCCCCGGGCGGUCCAGGACCAGGCCGCACCCCCGCCCCGGUGCAGAUGAAUUUGUAUGCUACCUGGGAGGUGGACCGGAGCUCGUCCAGCUGCGUGCCCAGGCUCUUCAGCUUGACCCUGAAGAAACUUGUUAUGCUUAAAGAAAUGGACAAAGACCUUAACUCAGUAGUCAUUGCUGUAAAGCUGCAGGGUUCAAAACGGAUUCUUCGCUCCAAUGAGAUCAUCCUUCCAGCCAGUGGCCUGGUGGAAACAGAGCUCCAGUUAACCUUCUCCCUUCAGUACCCUCAUUUCCUUAAGCGAGAUGCCAACAAACUACAGAUAAUGUUGCAAAGGAGGAAGCGUUACAAGAACCGGACUAUCUUAGGUUAUAAAACCUUGGCUGUGGGACUCAUCAACAUGGCAGAGGUGAUGCAACACCCUAACGAAGGUGCUUUGGUGCUUGGCCUGCACAGCAAUGUAAAGGAUGUCUCUGUGCCUGUGGCAGAAAUAAAAAUCUACUCUUUAUCCAGCCAGCCCAUUGACCAUGAAGGAAUCAAGUCUAAGCUGUCUGAUCGCUCCCCAGAUAUUGACAACUACUCUGAAGAAGAGGAAGAAAGCUUCUCCUCAGAACAGGAAGGCAGUGAUGACCCGUUGCAUGGGCAGGACCUAUUCUAUGAAGAUGAGGAUCUUCGGAAAGUAAAGAAGACACGGAGGAAACUGACCUCAACCUCAGCCAUCACUAGGCAACCUAACAUCAAACAGAAGUUUGUGGCGCUCCUGAAACGAUUCAAAGUUUCCGAUGAGGUGGGCUUUGGGCUAGAGCACGUGUCACGGGAGCAGAUCCGGGAGGUGGAGGAGGACCUGGAUGAGCUGUACGACAGUCUGGAGAUGUACAACCCCAGCGACAGCGGCCCUGAGAUGGAGGAGACGGAGAGCAUCCUCAGCACCCCAAAGCCCAAGCUCAAGCCGUUCUUUGAGGGAAUGUCGCAGUCCAGCUCACAGACAGAGAUUGGCAGCCUCAACAGCAAGGGCAGCCUCGGAAAAGACACCACCAGCCCUAUGGAAUUGGCUGCUUUAGAAAAAGUCAAAUCUACUUGGAUUAAAAGCCAAGAUGACAGUUUGCCUGAAGCAGACACUUUAGAAAUCACUGACCAGGACAUGUUUGGAGAUGUGAGCACAAGUCUGGUUGUACCAGAAAAAGUCAAAACUCCUAUGAAGUCCAGCAAAGCGGAUCUGCAGGGCUCUGCCUCCCCCAGCAAGGUGGAGGGGACGCACACACCCCGGCAGAAGAGGAGCACUCCCCUGAAGGAGCGGCAGCUCUCCAAGCCCCUGAGUGAAAGGACCAACAGCUCUGACAGUGAACGCUCUCCUGACCUGGGCCACAGCACACAGAUUCCAAGAAAGGUGGUAUAUGACCAACUGAACCAGAUCCUGGUGUCAGAUGCAGCCCUCCCAGAAAAUGUCAUCCUGGUGAACACCACAGACUGGCAGGGACAGUAUGUGGCAGAACUGCUCCAGGACCAGCGGAAGCCUGUUGUAUGCACCUGCUCAACAGUGGAGGUCCAGGCCGUGCUGUCUGCCCUGCUCACGAGGAUUCAGCGCUACUGCAACUGCAACUCAUCCAUGCCGAGGCCAGUCAAGGUGGCAGCUGUGGGCAGCCAGAGUUAUCUGAGCUCCAUCCUGCGGUUCUUUGUCAAGGCCCUUGCCAGCAAGACCCCGGACUGGCUGGGUUACAUGCGCUUCCUCAUCAUCCCCCUAGGUUCUCAUCCAGUGGCCAAAUAUUUGGGCUCAGUAGAUAGUAGAUAUAGCAGCACUUUCCUUGAUUCUGCCUGGAGAGAUCUGUUCAGUCGCUCAGAACCCCCAGUGUCAGAGCCGCUGGAUGUGGUGGGGCGGGUGAUGCAGUACGUCAGUGGAGCAGCUACAACACACCAACUGCCUGUGGCCGAAGCCAUGCUGACCUGCAGGCAUAAAUUCCCUGAUGAAGACUCCUAUCAGAAGUUUAUUCCCUUCAUUGGUGUCGUGAAAGUGGGCCUUGUUGAAGACUCCCCGUCCACGGCAGGUGAUGGCGACGAUUCACCUGUGGUCAGCCUUACUGUGCCCUCCACAUCACCACCCUCAAGCUCAGGCCUGAGUCGAGAUGCCACAGCUACCCCUCCUUCAUCCCCAUCUAUGAGCAGUGCCCUCGCCAUUGUGGGGAGCCCAAACAGUCCAUAUGGGGAUGUGAUUGGCCUCCAGGUGGACUACUGGCUGGGCCACCCCGGGGAUCGAAGGAGAGAAGGUGACAAGAGGGAUGCCAGCUCAAAGAAUACCCUCAAGAGUGUCUUCCGCUCAGUGCAGGUUUCUCGCCUGCCACAUGCAGGGGAAGCCCAGCUUUCUGGCACUAUGGCAAUGACUGUGGUCACCAAAGAGAAGAACAAGAAAGUGCCCACCAUCUUCCUGAGCAAGAAGCCCCGGGAAAAGGAGGUGGAUUCUAAGAGCCAGGUCAUCGAGGGCAUCAGCCGCCUCAUCUGCUCUGCAAAACAGCAGCAGACUAUGCUGAGAGUGUCCAUCGAUGGAGUUGAGUGGAGUGACAUCAAGUUCUUCCAGCUGGCAGCCCAGUGGCCCACUCAUGUCAAGCACUUUCCAGUGGGACUCUUCAGUGGCAGCAAGACCACUUGAGACCCUGCCUCCCAACCACUCCGUCCUGGCACUGCCACCCAGCCUCACCACCUGCAGGCAGGGGAAGGCCAGCAAGCCCCGGCCCAGCCUCCCUUUCCCAGCACUGGGGUCUGCCUCUACAUGCCCAGUCCUGAAGGACACUGCCACUGGGGAUGCAGCCCUCCCCUCUCACUGCCCAGCCCAUCUCUCUGGACUACCCUCCUCCCUCCUGUUCCAGGCCCAGAGCUGGGUGGUUCUGCUUACUGGUGCCCAUCAUCCCUACAAUUGAAUAAUCUGGGCCCCUCCUUCACCUCAUUCACCCCCUGCAGCACUGGCUCCCUUUCUGGAAAUGAAAAACCUGGAGUCGGAUACACAGCGAGACAGCCCAGCACCUACUGUAGCCUGGCCACCAGGCUCUUAAUUUCCAAGGCUCUGUUGCCUGUUGCUACUCACCCUGCCUUCCUCCAGCAGGGCUGGGGCCUCCUACCAUUCCUGUGACCUCACCUGCCCCACAGCUUCCCAGUCUCUCCCAUGCAUGAGUUCCUGACACCUCAAGUACCUUGAAUGUCCUGUGUCCUACAUGUUUUUUUAGUUGUUUGGGUAACUUGUCCUGUGCCCAGGUCCUAUCCUUGAGGCUCCUCCCUCUGCCUUCCAGGCUCACACCUAAUGUAGCUCUGUGGUUUCACAAGGUAGGAGGCAGCAAAC